UAAAUUGAAGGCUAUCUUUCGUCCAGCAAAAAAGCAGACAUUAUAAAAAAUUGAAUAACAGACGUAAGUUUUUAAAUAAUAAUUUGUUUGAUAUACUAAAAUAAAAACGCGUUUACGGACAUAUAUAUUUGCUCUAGUUAAUUCUGUCAAAUUCAAGUCAUACAAGAUGACCGAUCGUAAAGCUGUUAUUAAAAAUGCUGAUAUGAGCGAAGAGAUGCAGCAAGAUGCUGUUGAUUGUGCUACACAAGCGCUUGAAAAAUAUAAUAUUGAGAAGGACAUAGCUGCAUAUAUUAAAAAAGAAUUCGACAAGAAAUAUAAUCCAACAUGGCAUUGCAUCGUAGGUCGCAACUUCGGGUCAUAUGUAACACAUGAAACACGUCACUUCAUAUAUUUUUAUCUUGGACAAGUUGCCAUAUUACUCUUCAAAAGUGGAUAGACAUGUUCAAAAAAUUACCAACAUUCCGAAGUUUCAAAGAACAACAACAAAACCCUUCCUUAUCUAUCAAAAUUUUACAAAAUAUUUAAUUAUUUUGACGAACCAAAUUCUACUUGUGUAAUAAUUUCUCAAAAAAAAAAUUUCAUUCAAUUAUAGAGA